CCUUCCAGCCGCCCUCCUGCCCCAGCGACGCGGACGGCUCUGCUUGGCCAGCCAUUUCCCGGUCCGCGAGAGUGAAAUGAGCGUGAGUACCUCGUACACGCGCGUAGAGGAGCCGCCGUCUCUUCCUUCGAGGCCCGUCCCGCACCAUGGCGCGCACCAUUUGACAUGCUGUCCGCAAUGACUCAACCGCUGACGACGACGCCCAGCUGCUCGUGCAGACCGCCAGAUGCUUUUGGGGCCCGAUAUGAAGAUAUCAUGAAUGGUGACUUAGACCACUGGGGACCCCGCUAUGGAUCUCCAGCUGCGCAAUGGGCCGCACCUCACUACGCGCCGCCCACGGCCGUCGACCGAGCACGCACACAGCCACCCGCCAAGCGCAACUUUUCCGACCCAACGUCCCUCAUGAAUCCGGACGAGUGGGCGCUGCCCGUCCGCCACAAACAGAACGGCUCGCUGCCCUACGCGACGCCCUCGCUCCCGCCCGAAGGCUCCGUUGACUCGUUUGAGGGAGAGAAAGAAUGGCCCCCGGACGAUUACACCCUGGACUCGGCGAUGGACCUCGCCGAAGCCGAAGACAUUGUGUGCGCCGGAGCUUCCACCUUCAAGGGCUUUUUAGACGACGCGCCGGCCGCGCCGCCAGGUCACUAUCGAUUCUACGCCGUCAUGGAGAACGAACACUCGGGGAGGAACGAUCGGUGCCUGCAUCAGCACGAGGCCUUCAAGGACAGCUCAUUGACCUUGACCGGGCCGGCGGACAGCGCAUACCCGUGGGUCGCGCUAGAACAGCCUUGCAUGGCAUACUGCUUCGGGAGGCGACCGGGGACGACGACUUUGAAUUAUCGCGUGAGCAAGUCGGGCAGCAUCCAGCCGACGUUGAAGUAUGGAGCUGAGGUCAAGCCACGGAAGAUUAAGCUGCUGCAUAUACUGGACCGGCUGCGGGAUUUGGAGAGAGGCUUUGAGGACGAUGCACCUGAGGAGCUCUAUAUCUAUCUAUACAACAACCUGCUGGACGACCCUGACAUGAACGAUGAGCCCCAUAUCGGAAUAGAGAGGCAGAUGACAGACCUCAUCAUCAUCCUUACGAGUCCGGACUGGGUCGAUUUCAGUCAGCCAAAAAACCAGGUCGUGGCCAAGUUUUUCGAGACGAACGACCACGUGAGGAAACAAAACUUCUUCCAUCAGCUGCUUCUCUCCGUCGAGCUCUAUCUGAGAGUCCACCUUGACAUUCAUGGCGAGAAGGCGAAGAGGCAACUCCUGCAGAAGCUGCCACCCAAGGUCCUUUGGGAUCUGGCUGUGGCGCAGAAGUGGCUCGAGAACAUGUCAAUUAUGAAAUCAAGAACAUCUUCGAAUCAGAGUGUUUUCAGCUUCGAGCUCAGGAAAAAGAAGCGGCAAAAGGAGGCUCUAAAAGUCUUUGCGCAGGUCCUGAAAUGGCCUAAUCUGGCAGAGGUCAACUACAUUUUGGAAGAAAAGAGCAGAUACGAAAAAGCAGUCGAGGACCGUUCUGCGGAUGCCAUGUCUUGGUUUACUGGCGUCGUUCUUCCUGGACCGACUCUGCCUUGGCUGCUGAUGAAUUCGCUGAUCGACUGCGACAAGGAUACCGGCCCCUCGCUCAAAUAUCUUACGCACGUUGUACCGUCAUCGGGCUUCCAGUACAAAGCUAACACUUACUGGUCCCACCGGUGCAUAGUGGGUAAAGUUCUGGGGGCUUCAAAGGGCGUCAACCAAGUAGCUGGUUGGAUUGGGCCGUGCAACUACAGCCCAGAUCUCAAACGGACAGAAUGCGUCAAGAUCAGGCAAAUUAAGACGCCAGGGUACAAACUGACAGCGUUAGACGUGGAGACUAUGAAGGAACGAACGCAUCCUUUGGGGCCCGAGGAGGCAGAUUAUCCCGUCAACGACUACGAAUUGUUGGUUCCGGAUAUGGAGGAUGUUACCAAUGACAUCCGUGUAGAGAAGCUGAGCUUCGCGCCUGUUAAGGACCAGCAGCCCUCAAAGCAUGGUUCCGAAGCGCCUCUGCUGUUUGAUGCCGCGAUUGUUUUCGCUUGCGGUGGGGAUAGCUGGCCGAUGAGAUUGAAGUACGACGUUGAUUUCAUCUCGGCCUAUCCCUGUCAAGGGGGACCACACGUCCUAUUUUUCGACUACCGUUAUAAGAGCAUACGCGUCGAUGAUGGACUCGUCGACAUCCACGAAUGGGGCCCGCGACCACCACGCCAAUCUUCGUCUAAUCGCUCAUCGCCCACAUCGUCCCGGACGCUCUCUCAAACGUCGAUAGCGGCAGAUGCGGCGCACGCGCAUAUAGACCGCGUGCUGGCAAUUGAGGCGUUGGGCGUCAGCGACAACGAGGUGUUUGCCCGGGCAUGGUGCGCGCACAACGGGCACAGCGCCGUCGUGGCCAACAUCAAAGAGACGUGCAUGGCGUGUGCGAUCAGGGAGGCGUAUGCAGCGUGCGUGAGUGUAGUCAUAGUGACGGAGGGAGGGGUGCCGGGAGAAAGGGACGAAGACUAGCGAAAGGAAAGAAAGGCAGGCUUCUGGCGCAAAUGAGGACUGGGCCAAUAAUACCCCGGGCGGUUGAUGUCUUUGUGUGUCUUUGGGGGAGUUUGAGCGUAUGUAGGUAGUUCAUGACCGGGGGAGAAUGGAAAGCUGGAUAUUUGUAGGUGUAGAGUAAUAUUCUGACCGAGUGAUAUUUCGAAUGGACG